AUGCCUCUUUCUUCUCGUCCUGCCGACGACGAGAAGAACGGUCGCUUCUGGCACAUUCAGAGUCGUCUGAAGAGGCCAUCUUCUUUCUUCUUUUCAUCGUUGCCAGGCGUCAACAUUGUUCGUGUGCCAUUUGCAGACAUAGGCAUGCACAACACCUACACAGGCACAAACACCUACACACACACACACACACACACAUGCAACAGCUCAACUGUGAAGCAGGAGCUGAUGGGCAUCGGUGCUUUAGGCUUCUUCGCCCGACCGGAUUGGCAUGAAGAAGAGUCCCGGUGGUGGAAAGCUGGUGCAUGUGAUCGCUGGCAGUGCGCCAUGCCUCGGGGACAGGAGUCGUCGGAUUGGACGAUCCAGACUCGGUCUGUUCAUUCUGGCUGGAUUGGAUCGGAUCAGAUCGGGUUGCCCUCGACUACAGCCUCAACCUUGCAUUGUCGUAUCAAGCGCGACUCAAAACCGGCUCCUACGCAUCGUGAGGACAAAUGGGAUUCCUUUUAUUUUUAA